GCGGCGGCCGCGCUCGGGGGGCGCCCGGCUGCGGCUGCGGCUGCGGCGGCGGCGCGGCCAGUGAGGGGCCGCCUCGGGCCGAGCGGGUGCCGCCAACAUGUCGGAUACCAAGGUAAAAGUUGCCGUCCGGGUCCGGCCCCUGAACCGACGAGAACUGGAACUGAACACCAAGUGCGUGGUGGAGAUGGAAGGGAAUCAAACGGUCCUGCACCCUCCUCCUUCUAACACCAAACAGGGAGAAAGAAAACCUCCCAAGGUAUUUGCAUUUGAUUAUUGCUUUUGGUCCAUGGAUGAAUCUAACACUACAAAAUAUGCUGGUCAGGAGGUAGUUUUCAAGUGCCUUGGGGAAGGAAUUCUUGAAAAAGCCUUUCAGGGGUAUAAUGCUUGCAUUUUUGCAUAUGGACAGACAGGCUCAGGAAAAUCCUUCUCCAUGAUGGGCAAUGCUGAGCAGCGGGGCCUCAUCCCCAGGCUCUGCUGCGCUUUAUUUCAAAGGAUCUCUCUGGAGCAGAAUGAGUCUCAGACCUUUAAAGUUGAAGUGUCCUAUAUGGAAAUUUAUAAUGAGAAAGUUCGGGAUCUUUUAGACCCCAAAGGGAGUAGACAGUCUCUUAAAGUUCGGGAGCAUAAAGUUCUAGGACCAUAUGUAGAUGGUUUAUCCCAACUGGCUGUCACCAGUUUUGAGGAUAUUGAGUCAUUGAUGUCUGAGGGAAAUAAGUCCCGGACAGUAGCUGCAACCAACAUGAAUGAAGAAAGCAGCCGCUCCCAUGCUGUGUUCAACAUCAUAAUCACACAGACGCUCUAUGACCUGCAGUCUGGGAACUCGGGAGAGAAAGUCAGCAAGGUCAGCUUGGUAGACCUGGCGGGUAGCGAAAGGGUGUCUAAGACGGGAGCCGCAGGAGAGCGACUGAAAGAAGGCAGCAACAUUAACAAGUCACUUACAACCUUGGGGUUGGUUAUCUCAUCGUUGGCUGACCAGGCAGCUGGCAAGGGUAAAAACAAAUUUGUGCCUUAUCGGGAUUCGGUCCUCACUUGGCUUCUUAAGGACAAUCUGGGGGGCAACAGCCAGACCUCUAUGAUCGCCACCAUCAGCCCAGCAGCAGACAACUAUGAAGAGACCCUCUCCACACUAAGAUACGCAGAUCGGGCCAAAAGAAUCGUUAACCAUGCCAUUGUGAAUGAGGACCCCAAUGCAAAAGUCAUCCGGGAGCUGCGGGAGGAAGUGGAGAAACUCAGAGAGCAGCUCUCGCAGGCGGAGGCUAUGAAGGCCCCUGAACUGAAGGAGAAGCUGGAAGAGUCUGAAAAGCUGAUAAAAGAACUAACGGUGACUUGGGAGGAGAAGCUGAGGAAAACAGAAGAAAUUGCACAGGAGAGGCAACGACAACUUGAAAGUAUGGGGAUUUCCCUGGAGACUUCUGGUAUCAAGGUGGGGGAUGACAAGUGCUACUUAGUCAACCUAAAUGCAGACCCUGCUCUCAAUGAACUUCUGGUUUACUAUUUAAAGGACCAUACCAGGGUGGGUGCAGACACCUCUCAGGACAUCCAGCUCUUUGGCAUAGGAAUUCAGCCUGAGCACUGUGAAAUUGAUAUUGCUUCUGAUGGAGAGGUCACCCUCACUCCAAAAGAAAAUGCGAGGUCUUGUGUAAACGGCACCCUCGUGUGCAGCACCACCCAGCUCUGGCACGGGGACAGAAUCCUGUGGGGAAAUAACCACUUCUUCAGAAUUAAUUUGCCUAAGAGGAAACGGCGAGAUUGGUUGAAAGACUUUGAGAAAGAAGUGGGCCCCCCAGAGCAUGACCUGGAUGCAGCCAGUGAAGCUUCCUCGGAACCAGACUACAACUAUGAAUUUGCACAGAUGGAAGUUAUCAUGAAAACGCUGAAUAGUAACGACCCAGUUCAAAACGUGGUUCAGGUGCUGGAGAAACAGUACCUGGAAGAAAAGAGGAGUGCCCUGGAGGAGCAGCGGCUCAUGUACGAGCGGGAGCUGGAGCAGCUCCGCCAGCAGCUGUCCCCGGAGAGGCAGCCCCAGAGCAGCGGCCCCGACCGCCUGGCCUACAGCAGCCAGACGGCCCAGCAGAAGGUGACCCAGUGGGCGGAGGAGAGGGAUGAACUCUUCCGCCAAAGCCUGGCAAAACUGCGGGAGCAGCUGGUCAAAGCUAAUACCUUGGUGAGGGAGGCAAACUUCUUAGCAGAGGAAAUGAGCAAACUCACUGACUACCAGGUGACUCUGCAGAUCCCUGCUGCAAACCUCAGUGCCAACAGAAAGAGAGGAGCUAUCGUGAGUGAGCCCGCUAUUCAAGUGAGGAGGAAAGGGAAGAGCACCCAAGUGUGGACCAUUGAGAAGCUGGAAAAUAAAUUAAUUGAUAUGAGAGACCUUUAUCAAGAAUGGAAAGAAAGAGUUCCUGAGGUAAAGCGACUGUAUGGGAAACGAGGUGACCCUUUCUAUGAAGCCCAAGAGAAUCACAACCUAAUUGGCGUGGCUAAUGUGUUCUUGGAGUGUCUCUUCUGUGAUGUGAAGCUUCAGUAUGCAGUCCCCAUCAUCAGCCAGCAGGGGGAGGUUGCAGGGCGCCUCCACGUGGAAGUGAUGCGAGUUACGGGAGCUGUCCCGGAGCGCGUGGUGGAGGACGACUCCUCGGAGAACUCCAGUGAGAGUGGGAGCCUUGAAGUCGUAGACAGCAGCGGGGAGAUCAUCCACCGAGUCAGGAAACUCACGUGCCGGGUAAAAAUUAAAGAGGCAACAGGGCUGCCCUUAAACCUCUCAAAUUUCGUCUUCUGUCAAUACACAUUCUGGGACCAGUGUGAAUCCACAGUGGCUGCCCCAGUAGUGGACCCAGAGGUGCCUUCCCCGCAGUCCAAGGAUGCGCAGUACACCGUGACCUUCUCUCACUGUAAGGACUAUGUGGUGAACGUAACCGAAGAAUUCCUGGAGUUCAUUUCAGAUGGCGCGCUGGCGAUCGAAGUGUGGGGCCACCGGUGUGCUGGGAACGGCAGCUCCGUCUGGGAAGUCGAUUCCCUUCAUGCGAAGACAAGAACGCUGCAUGACAGGUGGAGCGAGGUCACGCGCAGGAUAGAGAUGUGGGUCUCCAUCCUGGAGCUGAACGAGCUGGGGGAGUACGCGGCGGUGGAACUCCAUCAGGCGAGGGACGUCAACACGGGAGGUGUCUUUCAACUCAGACAGGGCCAUUCCCGGAGAGUACAGGUCACGGUGAAGCCGGUACAGCAUUCCGGGACUCUGCCACUCAUGGUCGAAGCCAUCUUGUCCGUAUGCAUUGGCUGCGUGACUGCCCGGUCCACCAAGCUCCAGAGGGGGCUGGACAGUUACCAGAGAGAUGAUGAGGAUGGUGAUGAUAUGGAUAGUUACCAGGAAGAAGACUUAAACUGUGUGAGAGAGAGGUGGUCUGAUGCCCUCAUUAAACGGCGAGAAUACUUAGAUGAACAGAUUAAAAAAGUCAGCAAUAAAAAAGAGAAGACGGAGGACGAUGUGGAGCGGGAAGCCCGGCUUGUGGAGCAGUGGGUGGGGCUGACGGAGGAGAGGAAUGCUGUGCUGGUGCCCGCGCCGGGCAGCGGGAUCCCCGGGGCGCCUGCCGACUGGAUCCCGCCACCUGGAAUGGAAACCCACAUCCCGGUUCUCUUCCUAGAUCUGAACGCGGAUGACCUCAGUGCCAACGAGCAGCUCGUGGGCCCCCAUGCAUCAGGCGUGAACUCCAUCCUCCCCAAGGAGCAUGGCAGCCAGUUUUUCUACCUGCCCAUCAUAAAGCACAGUGAUGAGGAGGUUUCAGCCACCGCCUCUUGGGACUCCUCGGUGCAUGAUUCUAUCCACUUGAAUAGGGUCACCCCACAGAAUGAAAGGAUUUACCUGAUCGUGAAGACCACAGUCCAGCUCAGCCACCCAGCUGCUAUGGAGCUAGUCUUACGAAAACGGAUUGCGGCCAAUAUUUACAACAAACAGAGUUUCACCCAGAGUUUGAAGAGGCGAAUAUCAUUGAAAAACAUAUUUUAUUCCUGUGGUGUAACCUAUGAAAUAGUAUCCAACAUACCAAAGGCAACAGAGGAGAUUGAGGACCGGGAAACACUGGCCCUCAUGGCAGCAAGAAGUGAAAAUGAAGGCACGGCAGACGGGGAGACAUACAUUGAGAAGUACACCCGGGGCGUGCUGCAGGUGGAGAACAUUCUGAGCCUUGAGCGGCUCCGGCAGGCCGUCACGGUGAAGGAAGCCCUUUCCACCAAGGCCCGGCACCUGCGCAGGAGCCUCAGCACGCCAAACGUUCACAACGUCUCCUCUAGUCGACCAGACCUUUCUGGAUUUGACGAUGAUGAUAAGGGUUGGCAAGAGAACCAGUUAGACAUGUCUGACUGUAGCCCCAGUUACCAGGACAUAUCAUGUUAUGGAACUUUACCCAGGGAUUCACCUCGAAGAAGUAAAGAAGGUUGUACGUCAGAGAAUCCUCAUGCCUUAACAGUCAGCCCUUUUAAAGCAUUCUCUCCUCAGCCGCCAAAGUUUUUCAAGCCCCUAAUGCCUGUAAAAGAGGAGCAUAAGAAGAGGAUAGCUCUGGAAGCCAGGCCUCUUCUAAGCCAGGAGAGCAUGCCUCCAUCUCAGGCACAUAACCCUGGCUGCAUUGUACCCCCAGGAAGCAAUGGCAGCAGCAUGCCAGUAGAACACAAUAGCAAACGUGAGAAGAAGAUUGACUCUGAAGAGGAGGACAGUGAUCUGGAAGCUCUUAACCGGAAGCUGAUAAGCUCACAGCCUUACGUGCCUGUGGAGUUUGCUGACUUCAGUGUUUACAAUGCCAGCCUGGAGAACAGAGAGUGGUUUUCUUCCAAAGUGGAUUUGAUGAACUCCAAGGUCCUGGAGAAAGAAGUGGCCCGCAGUCCCACCACCAGCAGCAUCACCAGUGGCUACUUCUCCCACAGUGCCUCCAACGCCACCCUGUCUGACAUGGUGGUCCCUUCUAGUGACAGCUCAGACCAGCUGGCCCUUCAGACGAAGGACACAGACUCCAGCGAACAUCCCGGACCAUCAUUUGUGCAUGAUCUCAGACCAUCCUCAAACAAAGAGUUGACAGAACUAGAAAGAGGCUCGGUGAAGGAUAAGAUGACUCCAGUGCCACUCAAGGAAAAUAGUGCCUUAGCCAAAGGGAGCCCACUAUCCCAAAGCAUCCCUGAGAAAAACUCCAAAACGCUCUGUAGGACCGGCUCAUGUCCUGAGCAAGAGACUUGCUCCAGCAAAAGUGGCCAGCCAGCCAGAGGAUUCUGCCCCAGGGAAGUGACCAUAGAGCACACCACCAACAUCCUCGAGGACCAUUCUUUCACAGAGUUUAUGGGAGUGUCAGACGGGAAAGAUUUUGAUGGCUUGACAGACCCUUCUGCUGGAGAACUUUCAAGUAGGAGGAACCCACCACAUACAUUGGACAGUAAGAGUGUCUCAGAUGGGCCACAGGACCUUGGCCAGCUGUGUUCUUUGGCAGAGAAUGACCAGGUAAUAAUUCCAGGGGCAGUCCUUUGGGUCCUGGGCUACCAGUGAGGGCACCUAAUUGUGCCCCAACCCCCAGAGGCCCUUGAAAAUAGUGACUUAAGAGGAGAGAUUCAUUGAGGUGUUUCUGACAGGGAAGAUGAGCCCACCUGGGGACCAGGCUCACAUCCUGCCCAGCUGGCUGGGGUCGGGGAGCAAGUCCCCAAGUCUGCUUGUUCCAGAGUGGAACUGUGAAAUAUACUAGUGGACUAGUGGCUUUUUAAGCUGGUGUGUGGGUUCAUGUUGAAUUAAGCAUUCACGUGGGUAAGGAUUAGUCAAUCGAUCUUGUGUUCCUUCCCUGAAACAUAUAAUUACUGACCAUCCCAAGAAUAUCUUGGCAGUAGCACGUACCAUAUGCCAUCAAAUCUGUGAUUUUUCUGAUGAUUAGAUUUACCAUUAUUUUAUGUCUCAUUAAAAAAAAUACUUCCAAUUAAACUAUCAUUAUCAGCAAUUUCAGCGAUGUUGAAAAGCUCGGUGUGGGGGAGGCAUGCAUUGCAGAUUUGGUAAAAUACAGACAUUUGGUGCCAUAGGAUAAAAAGUGCUUUGGGGAAGUGUAGGUGAAAUCCUGCGCAAUUCAAACUUGGGCUUUGGAAGUUACCCAGGUUGGUUUAUUAUAGUGUUUCUUUCUUUCUUUUUUUUUUUUU